AUGUGUCAAGGAUGUUUUAAUGAGAUAAAAUCGUCGAUAAGACCAGAGUGUUCUGUAUGUCGUGAUGGUUUAUUACCAAUGCCUAUUGUUAAUCGUGAUGUGUUAAGUUUAAUAGAAGCUGUUUAUGAAACAAUGGCUGCUAUACCACUAAUCAAAGCAGAAGAAUUAAUAAUAGAAUCUAAACCAUUUGGAUAUGGUGAUCUUAAACCGGAAAAUGUUUUAAUUGCACAAGAUAAUCGUGCAAAAUUAUCAGACUUUGGAAUGGCAAGAGUAUUAGCAAUAAUUCAGCAUAAUACAUCAGGCAGUGGCACACCAAAAUAUACAGCUCCUGAAUUACUUGAUGCUAACACUAAGUAUGGUGAAGCAGUUGACAUAUAUAGUGUGUCAUUAAUUCUCUAUGAAAUGUUUUCUGGUAAAAUAGCAUUUGAAAAUUUGAGUCCACAUCAGCUUCUUGCUGCUGUUUAUCUUCAUAAAAAGCGACCUGAUUUUGACUCAACAUUUCCAAAAAAUCUUCGAGAAAAAAUUGAACUUGGAUGGUCUCAUGAAGCAAAAGAACGUUGUAAACUGGAUGAUUUUCUACAAGUAUUACUAGAAAUGAAGAAUCCAUCAAUAUUAGUAUCUAAUAAACAAACAACAUCAAUAGGAGAAACUAUUCGUAUAUCAAUGAUUGAACAAGCCGAUAAUACUCAGAUGAAAUUAUUACCUUUUUCACCAAUUAUACAAAUGAAAUGGACAAUUCAAAGCGAACAAACACAAUUGUUAAUCAAAAAAAUGAUAAAUGAUAUGCUUAAUUCAUCUUCAUUUAAGAAUAUUACUAAAACAACGGAUGAUGAUGUAUGUCUUAAAUCAAUUUACAAUUAUGCACAAGCAUUGCGUGUUAGUCAAACACAAAAUAUGAGUUCAACAGAAAUUACUGCUGCUCAAUUGAGUUUAAUACCGUUAAAUUCUGGUGAUCGUAUUUUGUUUCUUGGAGCUAAAGAGGGUUAUAUUCAAACAAUAGCAGCUCAAAUAGUUGGAUUUCAAGGUCAAGUAUGGAUAUGUUCACAAGAUAGCCGAGAUCUUCAACAUGUUGAAAACGUUCUGAAAACUCAUGUGUCAACUAUUCUUAGAGAAAUUAUCAAAUGCGUUUUAGUUAGUAAUAUUCAAGAUGUAAAUCAAGUAAAAAAUGGAUUAGAACAAUAUUUUAAAUCUACUGAACAAUAUUUUAAUACGAUUCAUGUUUGUGGAGCUAUUUCACAGGAUUCGCUUGAAUAUUUUCAACAAUUUUUAAAAGUCGAAGGACAACUCUUAGCACCAAUUAAUAUUGAUGAAAAUAAUCAAAAGUUUACUAUUUUACAUAAAAUACGAGAUCAAAAUUCUGGUCAAGUUACUUUAAAUAAACGAAUACUUAAUGAUUGGGGAAUUAUAUUUGGACCUGUUCUCUAA